AUGGACGAAUGCCGGCCUCGGCUCCGUAUUGAAAGCCCGCCAUCUAUCUUUGAAAGAAGGCAAGGCAGACGCCAAUGGCUGCUAUUGUCGGAGUGA